AUGGAUGUCGAACAGCUGCACGUUGUCUUGCAGCAAUCGUUUUCGGCCGAUGCGUCGAUUCGAAACCCUGCCGAACAAACCAUUAAAAACCUCAAAAACUUGCCCGGUGCCGUCAAUCUACUCUUGCAGGUCGCUACGGAAAAGCAGGUCCGUUUCGAAGUCCGACAAGCCGCUGCCAUUCAACUCAAAAAUAUUUGCCGCGAAGGCUGGGCGGAACGUAUUCAUUACGCUCCGUAUGCUGAAGAAGCCACGAAACCAGCUCUGCUCGCCGAUGAAGACAAAGCAGUUGUGAGGGUCGGCCUGCUCAAGACGCUCCUCGACGAACCAGAAAAGAGUAUCCGAGAUUUGCUCGCGGAAACCUUACACACGGUGGUGAUCCACGACUUUCCCGAAAAAUGGCCUCAGCUCAUUCCCACGCUCCUCGCGAGUAUUCAAACGGGUGUCGGUGACAUGGGAAAACACGGAUUGCAGGUACACAAUGCUCUCCUUGCACUCCGCAAAGUUUGCAAGCGAUACGAAUACAAAAGCAAGGAGCAACGCGGACCCCUCAACGAAAUUGUCCAAUCGAGUUUUCCGCUCUUGCUCCCGUUAGCGCAGCAGCUAUCUGCCGAAAACGAAAACUCGCUGGAAGCCGCCAUGAUGCUCAAACAGAUUCUCAAAAUUUUUUGGUCCAGUACGCAGUUCUAUUUGCCCGGUGGCGACGGAUCGGAAACGUCCUCCAUUGGGUUGGCACGACCGGAACAGCUGCAGCCUUGGUUUGAUGUUGUGAGAAGCGCUUUACAAAAGCCCCUACCAGAAGCGUCGACGGGACUUGAACCACGUAACCAGCCAGUCGAUGUCGAUGCUCGCAACGCGUGGCCUUGGUGGAAGGUUAAAAAGUGGUCAGUGCAAAUUAUGAGCCGACUGUUUUCUCGCUACGGUAUUCCAAGCUACGCGGACGAUCAGGAAGCCAAGGAUUUUGCCGUUUUCUUCAGUCAAAACGUGGCGCCGCAAUUCUUGGGGCCUGUCUGCGAAACACUAAAUCUAAGACCCUCGGGAAGUUUCUGUACCGACCGGGUAAUCCACUUGUGUUUGACCUUUGUGGACUUGGCGGUCGAGCUAGCCAGUACCUACAAGUUGCUGAAGCCACAUUUGGACUUUCUCUUGUAUCAGGUGUGCUUUCCAACAAUGUGUUUGACUCAAGAGGACAUUGACUGUUUCGACAACGAUCCGGUGGAAUUUGUGCACAAGCAGAACAGUCCCUUGGCCGACUUUUACGACCCGCGCAUGUCCGCGGUCACUCUCGUCACCGAUCUAGUCAAACAUCGUGGACAAGACGUAACUCAGAAUUUGUUGGGACGUAUGACGGCCAUUUUGCACACUUACAGCCAAGCAGCCCCUGACCAAAAGAAUCAUGUGGAAAAGGACGGUGCCUUAUUGGUGUUUGGCUCGUUGUCGAAGAAUUUGUUGGCAAAAGAAAAGUAUGCUGCCGAGCUUGAAGGCUUAUUGGUAUCCUCAGUUUUUCCGGAUUUUGGGUCACCGGUCGCCUUCUUGCGAUAUCGUGCGUGCUGGAUGGUACAGCAAUAUAGCACUGUCCAAUGGUCCGACGAUGGAGCUCAUUUGCGAACUUUACUCGAAAUGGUUCUAAACCGCUUGAGCGAUCCCGCUCUCCCCGUACAGAUUGAGGCCUCCAAGGCCCUGCGAUUUUUGGUAGAAGCUGAUGGCGCGGAAGAAACUCUUCUUCCCGUCCUACCUCAGCUAUUGACAGAGUAUUUUCGUAUCAUGAACGAAAUUGGCAACGACGAAGUUGUGUCUGCCUUACAGGCUUUGCUCGAUAAGUUUGGCCGUCACAUUGAACCACACGCAGUCGCUCUUGUAACACAAUUGACGAGUGCCUUUUCACAAUAUUGUACAGCCGGGGAAGACGACGAUGAUGACGACGCCGCCAUGGCCGCAGCGCAGUGUCUUGAGUGCGUUGCGACGGUUCUAAAAGGCGUUUGUGGGAAAGCUUCCAUGCUGAAAACUCUCGAACCACUACUGAUGCCGCUGGUCUUGAAAAUUCUAGGGAGCGACGGUGAUUUUAUUGAAUAUUUGGAAUGUGGACUCGAUAUCUUGACUUUUUUAACUUUCUUUCAAGAACAUAUUUCGCCAGAAGUCUGGCAAGCCUUUCCUUUGAUAUAUUUGGCUUUUGAUCAAUUCGCCUACGAUUAUCUGAACAUGAUGGUACCUUGCUUGCAGAGUUAUAUUGGCAAGUCAACCAAUAUUUUUUUAACCGGUACUGCCCAGCUCCCUGAAGGAGACAUUCCGUAUAUUGAUUUGAUCAUCAGCAUAGCCGCCAAGACAGUCACGAACGACCGCGCUUCUGAAUCAGAAUGCCGGUACGCGCUUAGUCUGUUCAUGACGAUUCUUCACAAUUGUCCUGGCAAGGUAGAUGGAUACAUUCCAUUUAUGAACGAGAUUGCGCUCGGCAAGCUCGGACAGCAAGUCAAUACCGAGAUUCCUUUGACUCGGUUUUCAAUAUUUCAGGUUCUCGGGUCUGCGCUCUACUACCAGCCUCAGCUUGAGUUGAUGGAGCUCGAAAAGCGAAGCGUCACACAACAAGUUUUCACGCAAUGGAUAAUUGAUGCGGACAAAAUGGAGCGAUGGCUCCCAAGAAAGUUGACCGUGCUUGGUUUGUCUUCCAUUUUGAGCCUGCCCACGUCGACCUUGCCUGCAUCAAUCAUCAGCUUGCUACCGCAACUAAUUCACAUGGCGUGUAAAUUGGCACUCGUCCUCAAAGCUGAGGCCGAGCAAACCGAGAAGGAUGCCGACCAACUAAUCGAGGAAGCACCUGAAAGGGAUGAUGGCGUUGGCGACGUUGAUCUAGGAUUCGACGAAAGCCAAGAUGUGACAAACGAGGUAGACGAAGCUUACAGAAAAGCGCUGCAAGGAGUCUCAGGCUGGGACGAUGACAUGGCAAAAUUCUUACUCGGUGGUUGGGAGGACGAAGGUGAUGACAUUGACGAAGACUACAGCUCGCCAAUAGAUAAAAUUGACGAGCUCAUUCUGCUGAAUGACACCAUCAAAAUGGCUUUUCAAAGAGAACCUGAAGCCUAUCAACAGAUUCAGUCCGCCCUUCCGCCGGAACCUGUUGCGGUGGUUCAGAAUUUAUUUGCCAGCGCCGAUAUCGUACGAGCGCAA